AUGGUAGGUUUUAUGAUGGGUAGUGCCAGUAGGAUGGAUCAUGCUUUCAUUACAAGCAGUCGGAACACUUUAAAAAUGAUUAACCUUAUCGAGAAUAUGGUCAUGCUAGAGCUUUACGAUCGGGUGCACAAUUUCAGUAAAUUGGUGAAUACAAAGUACGUGAUACAUAUACAUGCUAGACUUCAUGAGGUUUUACCAACACUGGACAAUGGUCGUCAUCCACAGCUAGAGGCAGAGGUCAGAGAGGACUACUAUUUGCCAGAGGCGAGGCUUUGUGUUCCUGCAAAUGAAGAGCUGAAAAGGCAAGUACUAGAUGAAGCUCAUAGUUCUGCAUAUACUAUGCACCCCGGUAGCACCAAGAUGUACCAUACCCUGAAAAAGCAUUAUUGGUGGGCAGGGAUGAAAAGAGAAGAUGCUAAAUAUGUAUCCAAGUGUUUCAUUUGCCAAUAA